GACGUCACGAGACUGCCCCUUGUCCCAGACGCGGAGGCUGGUGCUCGGAUCCUGAGCAGGUCCUUGCUGUCCUCGCCGCCCCGGGUCCUCACCAAGCGCCAUGGCCCACCCGCCGCCCGAUGUCCCAGAGGACGAUUGUCUACCUGAGUACCGCCACCUCUUUAGCCCCGACCUACUCCAGGACAAAGUCGCCUUCAUCACAGGCGGUGGCUCUGGGAUCGGGUUCCGGAUAGCUGAGAUAUUUAUGCGGCACGGCUGCCAUGUGGUCAUCGCCAGCAGAAGCCUUCCGAGAGUGUCAACGGCUGCCAGAAAGCUAACUGCUGCCACUGGCCGGCGGUGCCUCCCUUUAUCUCUGGAUGUCCGAGCUCCCCCAGCCAUCAUAGCCGCCGUGGAGCAAGCACUGAAGGAGUUUGGGAAAAUCGACAUUCUCAUAAACUGUGCGGCUGGAAACUUCCUGUGUCCGGCCGGCGCGUUGUCCUUCAAUGCCUUCAAGACCGUGAUGGACAUCGACACCUUGGGGACCUUCAAUGUGUCUCGCGUGGUCUAUGAGAAGUUCUUCCGCGACCAUGGAGGGGUGAUUGUAAACAUCACUGCGACCCUCGGUGCCCGGGGGCAGGUGCUCCAAGUGCACGCAGGCUCUGCCAAGGCGGCUGUGGAUGCAAUGACGCGGCAUCUGGCUGUGGAGUGGGGUCCCCAAAACAUCCGUGUCAACAGCCUUGCCCCUGGUCCCAUCAGUGGCACGGAGGGGUUCCGGCGGCUGGGUGGUUCCCAGGCCAGCAUGAGUGGGAAGUUCCUGGCCAGCCCCCUGCAGAGGCUGGGGAACAAGACGGAGAUCGCCCACAGUGUGCUGUACCUGGCUAGUCCUUUGGCGUCCUACGUGACGGGUGCCCUGCUGGUGGUUGACGGCGGGGCAUGGCUGACGUUCCCUAAUGACAUCAAGUUGCUGGCGGAUUUCGCAUCCUUCUCUGCUAAACUCUAGGAGCUGGACAGCUGAGGCAAAAGAGGCGUUCUGAAGGGGACACUGGUCCAUAGCCUGUUCUUAGAGUCCUGGGACCUGCCUCCCACCCCGCUGCGAGCUUCGAACCGACCACCUCAGCAGAGCACCUGAAGCAGAGACUGACCUCUCCUCCGGGAGCCAUGCUGUGUCCACAUUCCCUCCCCAUGGCCCCAUCUCCUGUGCACGGCGGGAGUGACCAGGCGGUGAGGCCAGCGUGCUGACCUGCCCACGCCACACAGAUGUCUCCCAGGGAGAGAUUGGCAUUCCAGAGCUCACACGAGUGGAGAUGCAGCCAAGUUGCUGGGCUGUGUCCCCACCCCAACCCAGGGUCACGGACUGUCCUGCUUGUCUUCCCUGCCCAGCCCCAGCCUGAGCUGUCUUCCUUUCUCCUGCCUGCAUCCAGUGGGUGCUCCAAGGUUCGAAGCCUUCGAAACUGUGGGUCUGCCCUCUGGCUGGGCACACAGUCCCCCCACUCCUGCUUCUCUUCCUCCUUGUAUGUACCGCCUAUUUGCAUAAACACAGGUCCUAGUGCUUUGCCAGAAAAUGCAUUUCCUUAAAAAAA